CGCACAGAAGAGGGAGGGCGAAGAAGAAGCUAUGAAGGAGACGGCGAAGAUGAACGCCAUGAGAUCUGGUUUGGUUGUGAUCGGAGCUUUAGCCUUCGGAUACUUGACUCUGCAACUCGGUCUCAAGCCCUUCCUCCAGAGAGCAGAGGCCCAGCAACAGAAACUCUUCUUCUCCGACGACGAUUCCUCAAACUCCGACCGAUCAACGCCGUAAGCUGUGUUUCCCCAUUUCCCCGCUCCUCCAAAACUCCAUUAAUGUACCCGAAUGCUCAUAACAAUUUUGAUUUUUCCUGCCUUUCUUUCACAUUUUGAAUCGCUUCUUUCUGUGUUCUUCUAGAUCUGAUGCUGUGAUUCGAUAGCGGUUGUUGAUUCAUUUUGGAUUGAAUUUUGAUUUCUUGAUUGAAUUUGGAGACUAAUGUCAAGCGUUUAGAAGACCCGGUCUAGUAUAGUUUGACCGGUCGAGUAAUUUACACCAUCAUUUCUGGCGCCGACCGUGGGACCGUUAAGGUUUCUUCUCUUCUAAAUACAAACCUACCCGCAAAAACACCACUCAAAAUGUCUUCCAGCCAGCAAAUCAACGCCACCUCUGCUCAGGUGCAAGCCACCACUGAAGGUGCCAACAUCCCCAUGGCUGUUACCCUGCCCACUGUUUCUGCUUCGGUUUUGCCAUUGGGACUGGGCUCGGUUCCAACACCCAGCAUGGUCAGCCCAUUCACGGCCCCCGUCCCUUCCGCUGGGCCAAGGGUCACCUUUCCACCAAGCAUGACCCAGUUCAUGAAUGACCCAGCCAACUUACAAGCCAUCCAGGGCUUUGGCCAGGUCAUGGCCAUGUGCCAACAGAAUGGGGGAAUGCCUUUCCUCCCAAGCAUGUUUCCAUUCGCCCUUCCAGGUGCUGGAACGAUGCCCCUUCAAGCUCCGAUGGCAGUGACGCCAUUCCAGACGCCGGUGCCGCAACCAUCACCUUUCCAGCCGCAGCUGGUCAGCACCAUGGCACCUGUCAACUUGACUGGUGCGCUCAACGCCGCAGGGCCAUCGCGUCCCCCGCAAGAGCCAGCCAGGACGAGGGCCUCUCGCCAGGAGGAGGAGGCAGAAAGCCAACCCAGGGUACCGGUGGCUAACCGGUUAACCACCCCCAAUGAUCGCGUCCAACAGGUGGAGGCAAAGCUGGAGAGGCUGGAGAAGAAGGUUGGGGAGAAGAAUGACCGGGACAAACCCCUCGCGGGGUCUCCGUUCACUACAAGGGUCCAUCUGACACCUUUCCCGCGAAAGGUUAAGAUAGACGCCCCAAGGUUCACCGGUAAGGAGGACCCAGAAAUCCACCUGGACUCCUUCAAUCAGAGUGCAACCAUGAACGGUUGCACAGAUGAAGAAAAGUGCCUCUUUUUCUUCCAGACCUUGCGGAAUCGAGCCACCGAGUGGUUCAACAAGCUUCGCCCGGGAAGCAUUGACUCAUUCAGUGACUUGGCCUCGAAGUUCAAGGCCAAGUUCCAGGAGAACUGUACUAAGAGGAAGAAAUUCACCUAUCUUAGUACAGCCGGGCAGAGGGAAUCUGAGAACCUCACCCAAUUUCUUACCCGGUGGAAGGAGGAGGUAGACAAGGUUGAGGAGAUGGACGACAAGACAGUGUUGUCACUCCUCCUGAAUGGCUUGCGUGCUGGGGAACUUUACAAGGAAUUCUGCCGAAAACCCCUGGCCACGUAUCAGGAGGCCUACCACACUGCAUGGGAAUUUGCUGAGGCUGAAACUCAACUCCGAGCGAAGAAGGAAGCCGAGCAUGGUUACAAGCCCAAGCCGGUGCAGAUCAAGAAGGAAGAAGCACCGGCAACUAGCCGGUCAAGGCAUCACUAUGACCCAGUCGUCCGCAUGGUCAACACAGAAGAGUGCCAGGAGAUAAGGAAAGCACCGGCUCCCUGCCCAGUCAAUCCUCUGGAGAAUCCUACCGGUCAUAUAGGACGGCAGUGGUCGGGCACCUAUUGCUCAUACCACCGGUCAGAUUCCCAUAACACCUCAGAAUGCAAGAGUGUUAAGGGAGUGAUCCAGCAGAUGAUAGACAGCGGGGAACUAGGAAAGGAUUAUCUGCAGAAGGCCCAGGAGAAAAACCACCAGUGGGUUAGGCCAGCAACCCAGGAGAAUGACCGGGACAAGGACCGGCGGAGGAAGAACCGGCAGAGGGAACAACCUCCCCUUGACAAAGAGCAUAUUGGAAUGAUCUUCGGCGGACCCGAGGGGGGAGAUUCAGCCGCGCAGCGGAAAAACUGGGUCCGCAGCAUUUACGUGGGUGAAGUAAGUGCUGAACCGGCCAGGCGUAAGUAUCCCAGGAGGGAGCCAAUAGUCUUCACUGACCGCGACCUCCCUCCUACCAGUGAAGAUCACAAUGAUCCAUUGGUCAUCACCAUGGACAUCAACGGGGUGGACGUCGCCCGGGUACUUGUUGACACCGGCAACAGUGUCAACAUCCUCUACUUGGAGACCUUCCAGAAACUCAGGUUGUGUCGGACACAACUUGAACCCCUCAAAACUCCUCUCUCAGGUUUCACGGGAGAUACGGUGGAAGCUGAAGGGUCCAUAGUUCUACCGGUCGAACUAGGAUCAGGCGAGAAGACCAUGUGGAAAAGGAUGCGGUUCAUUGUUGUGGACAUCAAAUGCGUCCACAACGCAAUCCUUGGCAGGCCAGGCAUCAACAAGGUUGGGGCAGUGAUCUCCAUGCCCCACCUAUGCAUGAAGUUCCACACUCCAGGCGGUGUGGGAGAAGUACGGGGCGACCAGAGGAAUGCCCGGGAGUGCUAUGCCCGGGCAGUCAAGAGGAUGACCAAGGGAGUCAACGUCAUCUCCCAGGAAAUCACCAAGGGAGAGACCCGGGAGAAACUGGAGCCUGAAGCUGAGACGAUGGAGAUUGAGCUUCACCCGGGUGAUUCAUCAAGGAUGGUCAGAAUUGGAGCAAACCUCCCAGAAGAUCUCAAGGCAGAGAUUACACGGGUGCUCCAAGAAUACGCGGGCAUAUUCGCAUGGAGCGUGGCGGACAUGCCCGGGAUAGACCGCUCAAUCAUCUGCCACCGGCUGGCAGUGAGGGAUGGAAGUCGACCGGUACGCCAGAAGAAGAGAUACCUGGCCAGUGACCGGCGAGACUUCGUCAGGAAGGAGCAUGUUUCAAAACUUGCCCGGGUGGAAAUCUUGGACCGUGCCAGCAUCGAGAAACUCGAAGUAGCUGUCAUAACAGGGGAAGCCCAAUCUGACCGGUCAAACUUGGUCGGGGCGGAUGAUCACUGGAUGUAUGAUCUGAUGGAGUAUUUGAUGAACGGGACCUUGCCGGAACAAGAUGACCGGGCAAGAAAAGUGAAGCUCAGGGCACCACGGUUCCAGGUCCUGGAUGGGAAGCUGUACAAAAGGGCAUUCGGAGGACCACUCCUGAGGUGCCUCACCAACCGGGAAGCUGAGCGAGUCAUAGCAGAAGUGCAUGAAGGGCAAAAUGAGGAAGACCACUUGGCCGAACUCAACUUGGUCGAAGAGCGGAGAAUGGCCGCGGAAGUUAGAAUGAGCACAUAUCAACAAGUCGUGAAAAAGUACCAUGACAACAAGGUUGGACCGCGAUACUUUCAAGUCGGCGAUGAAGUCCUGCGAAGAAGGGAGGCUAGUAAACCGGGAGACGGAGGAAAGCUGGCCAAAAACUGGGAAGGGCCUUACCGGGUGAGGGCUAUCAUUCGCCCGGGGACCUACCGGUUAGAAACUCUUGAAGGGGUACCGGUAGAAAGAACUUGGAAUUCCCAUCAUCUUCGCAAGUUCUACAAAUGAUUGUAAUACUAGGCAAGACCUACUUUAUUAUCAAUCAAACCGAUGACAUUCAGUACUCUACAUGGUAGCAGCAGAAUCGAUAGGUCGAACCUAUCCUAGGAGGGCAACCCGGGUGGAUCGGAUCCACUCGGAUAAGCCAACUGAGACACAGGCCC